CAACGAGAGAAGGCAGUAGAUCUCGGCAGAGAGAGUAAUUGGUGAAUAAGUGUGAAAACGGAGUUGCAGCUUACAGCAAAGAAAACAUGCAGAGUGGUCUGAUCUUGCUUGUUCAUCAGGAACAUUCUCGAAACAAGAACCAGCACUGCAAGGAAGAAAACAAGAUGCCAGCAAACAUGAAGGAGCAUAGCUUUAUUAAAGGGCUGAAGAGCCGAUGUUUGCACCUUUUGCAUCAGAGCAAGACAACCACUGAGUCUUCUCGACAAGAGGCAGUCAACUCAGAAUCACGAAAGCUGACUUUGAAUCCUUCCCAUGAAGAAGUAUUGAAGUGGGCUGAUUCUCUGGACAACUUACUGGCUCAUAAAUAUGGCCUGAUUGCUUUCAAAUCCUUCCUCAAAUCAGAGUACAACGAUGAGAACAUCGAGUUCUGGCUAGCCUGUGAGGAAUACAAGAAAAUCAAGGCACCUGCAAAGCAGGCCUCCAAGGCAAAGAAGAUCUUUGCCAAUUUUGUGGAAUCAAUGUCUCCCAAAGAGAUCAAUUUGGAUUACUACACCAAAGAGGCAAUCACUCAAAAUCUUCAACAUCCAACCUACACAUGCUUUGAGGCUGCACAGAAGAAAAUCUAUAAUCUGAUGGAAAAUAAUGGCUACAAUCGGUUCCUGCAGUCAGAUAUCUACCAAAACAUACUCAAUAAUAGCCACGACCAUCACCAAACAUGAAUGCUGUUACUCUUCCACAGAUCAAUGAUGGUCUCUUAUUGAGAUAUGUUUUCAGCUGUGACUGAAGUAUUUGAUGUGAAAUCAAAUGACACCAAGAUGCGUGAUGCCUAUCGCUGAUGGAACAUGGAAAAGGAAAGACCAAAACUUGGAUUUAGCAAGUAUGUUAGAAAGAAUCAAGGAAGUCUUGUUAACAGUUGAAGAGAGAAGAGUAACAAGGUGUACCACGUGGGCAGAAGGCUCAAUUCGCUUCAAGCCUUGGCAGAGGGCAGCCAAGAAGAGCCCAGUAUCUGCUCAGUAAGAAAGGGAACAAAACAAGGUGGAGAGUCGCCAAGCUAACAGACGUUUUUAUAGCCCAAAAAGAUCCUUAAGUAGACGGUCUGAAAUGAAUGGGAAACCAGAUAGCAUAGGAAAUUAAGGAAGCAAGAGAAUGCAUGCUGUAAUAGAAUGGUAUCUGCAUUCAAAAUUGUACAACACACAGAAUACCAUUCCUCCAUCAAUGUAGAUCACAAUGUAGACACAGUUGGAUAUCUCAGUCUUGGUAAUCUGGCAACACAGAAUGUAAAAAGUAUGCCAAUGUAAACAGUUGAAUAUCUGGAGUUUCUGUUACAUUGUUCCUUUACCAUGCAACACUAUCAUUAAGUUUAUUAAACUUAUUUUCUUUGUAACUAUAAAAGAUUGAUUGGCUUACUUUAAUACUCAUUUUUAUACCAUCUAAAGUGAUAUGAGCCAAGCAAUCUUGGAGUCUGUAGAAGAUUUUUAAUCACUGUUGCAAUUCAGAUUGAAAAUGGAAGCUCAGUGUGAUAAGCCACAAAAUCCAAUGUAUAAUCUGUGUCUUUAUUUUGUACAAAACAACACAUUCUUUAUGAUGGAAAAGCCACCUCUAAAUAUUGAACUAGACUAUGCUACUUCUAAGAGGGGCAGAAAUUGUUUAGUGAUUUAUAAUCCAAAAACUGCAGUCGUCAGAAUUGUGCAGUAGCUUGUGAACAUUUGUUUAAUCAACUCAUAUUCAAAGAUUCUAUUGUGUAUUACUAAUCAAAGUAACAAAUAAAGUUAUGUGAAUAAUCAACAA